CACGGCCAGUCCUCCCGCAGAUUGCAAGCCGCGUGGGCAGCAGUAUACGAGCUUGAUACCGCGAUCGAUCUUCCCUCGAUACCGGCUGGCCGUCUUUGCCCCUCUGUCUUCGUCCUCGCCGCGUUCUCCAAAGAGAAGAUCGGUAUCCCGGCGUCCGGAUGUUCGUUCUCCGAUGAUCAGGGAAUUCGCGACAAGAUCGUGAGAUCGGUUUCUCCUUUUUGCCGAUAAACGCGAAUCGCUCCGCGCACGCGAAUCAUCCGUUUGCAAUCCGCUCGCGGUAAUCGGUAUCGAUAAUGCGCGUACGAAGCACGAGGGGACGAUGGACCGUCCUCGCUGGUUUCGCCAUAGUUUGCGUGAUUAAUUUGCGAUUAGCUUUCUGCGAAGAGGAGUCGGAGAACGAAGGAAAAGCGCACUCGGAAGAGCUGCGACAGUACACGUGCUGUGCCCGGCAUGAGAAGAUAAUCGACGUCGGAUAUGGGAUAUCCGGGGAAAUUAUUCAGAUCGACGCUGGACUCUGCCGGAAAUUAUGCCCGCGACACGUGUCCGACGAUCCCGGAGAUGCGAGUCGACCUGCUGUGCAAAAAUGUUCAUCGGAUUCCCACUGUCGCGCGAGGGCCGCCAAGCUCGAGCGCGUGUCCACGUUGCAGGGUGUUCGCGUUAUCGAGACCAUAGACGCCUGCGAGUGCUCGUCGGAGUCGUCCUGCAGACGGGAACCCUACACUCAUCAUGUGCACUCCGGUACGCCGUAUCAGGCAGUCGUGGACGUCGGGGUUUGCAUCGGCCAUUGCAGCAAAGACCUGGGUUGCAAGCCAGUCCGGAAUAACACACUCAGCGUCAAGGGACCAAACGGUGACGAGAUCUAUCAAGUGGUUGAGAAAUGCGGCUGCGCUGGUCAUUGUCACCGGAUGGACCACAUGGAAACUGUGCUGGAUUAUAGCGAGGUGACGAUUGAAGAGGGCACGAACACGACCGACGUGAGGCCCGUGGUCCGACAAAUAAACGUCGGUCAAUGCGUCGGAACGUGCCCGAACGAAACGGAGACGUGUCUCCUGCGGGACAAGAGGGAGCCAUCCAGGUGUGUGGCUGGCCUGUAUUCGAAGCAGCACACUUGCACACCGGCCAGAUUCAAAGUGCACGAGUACAGAACCAGACGAGGAGCGAAGCGAGAAAUAAUUCAGAUCACUCAGUGUGCCUGUGUUUAGACUGAAAUUAAUACUUCGCUGCAAGUGAUCCUCCUGUUCGAGUCGAAUGGAAGACGAGAGAACGAGAAGCAAGAAUAGCAAGAUUGAAGGAGAAAGAAAGAGAGACGACACGUUUUGCGCGUACACUCAUGUUCCUAGGUACAUCAUGUACAAAUCCAUAUGGCUAAAUAAAUCAACGGUGUUUUCACGUGAA